AUGACGAUUGUAGAUGCUGGUACUGGGAAUGGUAUUUGGGCCCUGGAGAUAGCUUCAGAAUAUAUGAAUUCAAAAGUCGUUGGCUUUGAUUUACGACCUCCUUCUGAACAUCAACAAGGGAAACCAAAAAAUUUACAUUUCUAUGAAGCAGAUAUUACAAAAAUGUGGCCUUUAGACUCUAAUUCGGUUGACUUUGUAUUUCAAAGAAAUAUGGGACAAAAUAUACAAAAAGAUCAAUGGAGACAUGUAUUUCAUGAAAUGUUUCGAGUCCUUAAGCCAGGUGGUACAAUUGAAUUACUUGAAGCUGAUUUAUGGCAUCAUAAUCCCGGACCAGUUCAAAAGGCAUUCGAUGAAUUUUAUCAAUCUCAAUGUACAGAAAAUAAUUUAGACUUUACUUUUACAGAAACAAUCAUUCAAAAAGAACUUGAAUCAAAUGGCUUUGAAGAAAUAGAUCAUCGCACAUUAGAUAUACCCAUUGGUGAAUGGCCACAAGAAUCAGAAUUGAAACAGUUUGGUUUUAUCAAUAAAGAAAUUCAAAAAGCAUCACUUCGAAAUAGAAAAGGUUUUUAUGUAUCAAAAUGGGGAAUUACACCAGAGGACUACGAAAUAGCUGUUAAAGAAGUAUUAUUGGAAUUUGAUGAUUAUCAUGGAUUUUCACGUUUUAAUUGUUGGAUUGUAAAGAAACCAUCAAACUAA